UCCUUGUUGGUCUUCAGACAACAAUUCUGACGGCUUAAGAACCAAAUGGGACAGACAAAAAGAAAAAAAAAAAAAAAAAGAACUAUUUGUUCUUCUCACAUAAACUGUUGGCUGCUCAAGAUGAACUUGGAUCCCACACCUGUCCCCUACCUGUAUCUAUCAAUGAUUAACAUCUUUAGUCAGACAGGAAGUGUUCGGGUCAACACGGAAAGGAUAGGAGAGGCCUGGAAGUCUUUCUACAUAAAACUACAGCUUCUGGAAGGAUUAUAUAGAGAAUGAGAAGUAGGGCCAACUGCAGCUGGAUUGGGCCUGAGAUCCCUCUGUCAUCACAAAUUUUUACUGCCAUUAAAAAUGAGCUGUGGCUCUUCCUCAUCCCAGCCGGCCUGGCUGUCAUUUUACUUUGUUUGUUUCUGGAAGAGGUUGGCUUCUUCUUGCGCAAUAUUUCCUCAUUCAGACGUCGAUAUCUCUACCUUUGGAUAUUAGGAAUGUAUCCGGUGUUUGCCUUCAUGUCUCUGAUAGCACUGUAUGUGCCCCGUUCCUCCUCUCUUUGUAACUUCAUUGCUUCUCUGUAUCACUCUAUCACCUUGUUGAAAUUCAUGGGACUGAUCACAGACUUCUUUGGAGGGAAAGUGCGUAUGCUGGCUACGUUGUCUGGACAGCAGGUAACUCCAGAUCCUUUUCCCUGCUGCUGCUGCUGCUGCCUCCCAAUGGUGACCAUCAACAGCGGCAGCCGGGCCUGGAUGAUGGCUGCUGUCCUGCAGCUCUCUGUGGUCCGCAGCAUCUUGUUCUUUGUGACUUUGGUGCUGUGGACAGAUGAACAGUAUGACUAUGGUGAUGUGGAUUCAGUUGACCCCAACUUGUAUGUGAACAGCAUCAUAGGUGUGUCAACUUUCGUGUCCUUUUAUGGCCACCUAUUGUUUUACAAAGCAACAAAGAGUGCGUUACAUGGCUAUGGACUGAGAGCCAAGUUCAUCUGUAUCAUCCUGGUGCUGGUCCUGUGUGGCCUGCAGAGUGGCAUCUUAGAGACUAUGGGGGCUCUGGAGGUUAUCCCCUGCACACCACCUUUCUCUGUCUUGGCCCGGUCUCAGUUGAUCUACCACUACAGUGUGAUUGUGGAGAUGUUUUGCAUUGGCCUGUAUGCCCGCCACACAUUCCGUAAGGUGGAGCCGAGUGAAAUGGAGACGGAGGAGCUGCUUGAUGUAUGGAGAAUGGAAAAGGCUGUCCAAACGGAAGAAAUUCAGGCGAUGCAUCACAAAGCCAGCGUGCUAUCAGAGGAGGCUCGGCCUGGUGGAUGUCUCAUCAACGCCUCCUAUAGUCCCAGUUACAACAGUGACAGCGAAGACAGCCUGUGCAGGAUAGAGCAUGCACCUCUGGAUGGUUUCCACUUUCCUCAGGCGAACGGUCAGCACUCAAGGAGUUCAGAGACAGUGGAGCCCAGGUGUGUGGAUGAGCCCGGCGUAGCUCUGACACACAUUACUGUCAGGGCUGAUGUAAAUGACCAGGAGUCGAAAGAUGUCACUGUGGUUUGACCAGUGGGAUAGAAAACUUCAUAAGAUUAAGCUUGACUGCUGAAGAUGCUAAAACUAGCCAGGAAAGGGCACUUUGAGCAAAAUAUACUGCUAAACACUUCAAUUAUACAUCAGAUCCUGAUGAGCAAAAUAUUCAAUUUAAAUUUUGCUGAAGAAUGUAACAAGUGACAUAACAUCAGUCAGUGGAAACCGAAAUCAUUAAGCCCUUGAGGGCUGGAUUCAAGAUCAGGUGAAAAAUAAAAAAAAUAUUUCCUUAAUUUGAUGAUAUUUUGCAACAUAUUAUUGGAUAUUCACAGCAAAUAUUCCGACUAUUCUUUAAACAUUGCGCCUCACCCCAAACUGCUCUCAAAUGGUUAUGAAGUGCUAGUUUUACCUUACGCACACUUUGCACUGCCCUUCCUUUUGUUCUACACAUAACAUUUUGAUCAUUUUAGUCAUUUUUGGCUUUGCAUGCUUAUUCUGUUUCUGCAGUACUGUCUAAGCAUGAUACCAAGUAGUUGGCAGCUUUUUCCAAUUUGUUGAAUAAUGGUUACUGGCAAACAGUUCGUAGGUACAUUACCACCACACUGCAUUACUAAUGCAUAACAUCCUACCAGCCUAAACAGCCACAUCAACUAUUUACUUGAAGUUCAUGACUACUGGAAAGUGAUGACCAUCCCUAGUACUGGCUUGGGUGUUUGUGGGAUUGACCAAUAAGACAAAAAGUUACACAUAUAAUUAUCUCAUUUAGGAUAAUUAGGAGACUGUGCAGAGAUACUCAUCUCAUUUUAAAUGUGGUCCAGAAACUUCUUAUUCAUGUGUUUUAGGUUUGGACUAACCAGGCUGGCUUUUAAAGGUCGCCAAAGAUUAUGUGCUUCUAAAAAUCUUUAAUAUAUAUAUUUUGUUCUCUCUAUUGUUCUUAUUAUUACUACAUAUUAUUACACUGUUGUACUUAUUAAUCCCAUGCGUACUAAUUGUUGUGACCUGAGGAAAAUGAAUGAAAUAAAUAUAAUGUUACAACAUAAUUGAAGCAUUUUAAAGCACUUCAAACCCGUGCUCUUUAGAACUGUGUUUAUAUGUAGAGAUUUGUUGCUUUUGUUUUUUAUCUUUAAUAAACUGAGUCUCUGAGUCUAUAAUUAAAUGUGACAUGUAGGAUGAUAUACGUAUAAAUGUAUGAUAUAGAUAACCACAAUA